AUGAGUAGCCUUCAACGUCGUAUUAAAAAUAUCUAUAAAAUUCCUUUACUUGAUAUGGCAGAGGAUCAAACAAAACCUCAAUUUGAAGAUCCACGAUCACCAUCCGCUAAUAUUUCAAGAACUCCUGUAGAAUUGCAUACUUAUCAUAUACCAAAUAUGCCACCAAAAAAUAUUAUUCCAAUUAAUUCAACUAGAUAUUAA